ACAGUUCGGUAAUGGCCGCCGCCGGGGUGGUCUGUUUACGCUACUGUCAGUGUAUUACACGUUGAUUGGUUGUUUACGUUAUUUACGUUGCAUUUCUAACCAAUAAUACGGUUGCAAUAAGUGUUAAUAUCGUUCAAAAUAUUGUGGUAAACUUGUUUUCAAACAAAUAAAGUGUGUUUUGAUUUGUAUUUCGACGCCGCCGAGUGCGGUGGAUUCACGCGGCGUUGAAAUGAGAAUGCAUCUUUCUGUUUAGUGCGUUUUGUGGUGUGCUAAUUGGGUUAACCUGGCCAAAUGCUGGGAUACAGAUCCACGAUGUGCACACGGCAGCAUUCGCAGGCAUGUUUGAACACAUCCCUGUCUAUAAGGCAGGAGAUACAGAGAUUUGAGAGCGUGCAUCCUUCGAUUUAUGCUCUUUACGAUCUUGUGGAGUUGGUUCCUGACCCGUUGCUGGCCCAACAGAUCCGAGAUCACGUCGUAGCUAUAGAAGAUUCGUUUGUAAAUAGUCAAGAAUGGACAGCAUCGAGGGGAGUCACAGAGUUGAGGGUUGGAGUCCUGGGUUCUCCGGACAGCGGAAAAUCUGCACUAGUCCAUCGUUACCUUACAGGCGCAUAUAUGCAAGAAGAAAGCCCAGAAGGUGGUCGAUUCAAGAAGGAGGUCAUAAUCGACGGACACAGUUAUCUGCUCCUCAUCAGGGACGAGGGCGGACCGCCAGAAAUGCAGUUUACGGCUUGGGUCGAUGCUGUGAUCUUCGUAUUCAGCCUCGACAACGAAGUCAGCUACAACACAGUGUCGAGUUAUUUCAAUAAAAUGUCUCACUACCGAAAUUCUGCUGAGAUUCCAAUCAUUUUAGUGGGGACCCAAGAUGCCAUAAGUGAAAGUAGUCCACGCGUCGUGGAUGACAACCGGGCUCGCAAGCUGUCGAACGAACUACGGAGGUGCUCAUACUAUGAGACGUGUGCGACGUACGGUCUCAAUGUAGAAAGAGUCUUCCAAGAUGCAUGCCAGAAAAUAGUUGGAACUAGGCUGUCGGCAUCAUCACAAUGUUUGUCUGGUGGUUCCCGGCCAGUCACGCCACAACCUUUGGCAAAUUCUCCAAGUCACAACCACUCAACAUUCCUCUACAAGGACUCCCUACCACGCGGCCAUCACACGCUCUCCGCUUCCUCCCACCACCUGCACAGAGGCGCUUCAUCAUUCGACGCGUCAUCAAACAGCAGUGGGAUAUCGUCCACCCACGUGGUCGAAAUACACAGCACCAACGGCUCAGACUCCUCGCGGUGGGGCAACUCGCUCGGCAGCCACGGCUCCUCAUCAGGCCUCGUCUCCAUAGCAACAGAAAACAACAACGUCAAAUUCACCGCACCACACUGCUUGGACAACCUCCAGCCAGUCAAAGACCCAAAAGACCUACCGACCCCCUCCUCCACCCCCACAACUUCUAGGAAGUCGAGAAGAAGAUCGAAUCUCUUCACACCCUCCAAGAAAGGAGAUGACAGACUAAAGAACGGGGAACUGGGCUCUGGUAGAGCGAUACCACUGAAACAGGGAUACCUUUACAAGAAGAGUAGUAAGGCUUUGAACAAGGAGUGGAAAAAGAAGUAUGUCACGCUAUGCGAUGAUGGCCGACUCACAUACCAUCCCAGUUUACAUGAUUACAUGGAGGAUGUGAACGGCAAAGAAAUCUCAUUACAAUACGUCACCGUGAAGGUGCCCGGGCAGAAGCCGCGCGGCUCCAAGUCUAUAAUCACCACGGUGCCCGGCUACAACGGGUACACCAGUCUCGAUAUACACGACAGCAUCGGAGGACUAUCUCUGGGUUAUAAAGACAAACCGACCAGGGUGACAGACAAGGCCCUGUUGUCGGCGUUCGACACUAUGAAGGAGCCCGCGUCCAGUCGACAGUCGAUCGCCUCGGACGACGCCGCCACAAACGGCGAUAAAGAUGUCAAGAAGAGGCAUAGGAGGAUGAAAAGUAGCGGUGUCAAGAAAGAUGGUGAAGAAGAGGGAGAGAGCGCAUCAUGCUGCGAGUUCACGAUAGUCAGCCUGGACGGCAAGCGGUGGCGAUGGGAGGUCGGCGCGACUGGAUGCGCGGCCGCGGCCGAGCGCGACGCCUGGGUGGCCUGCGUCGAGGCGCAGAUACUGGCCUCGCUGCAGGGCCGGGUAUGUAUAUAUAUACAGAUAGGCAGCCUGGACGGCAAGCGGUGGAGAUGGGAGGUCGGCGCGACUGGAUGCGCGGCCGCGGCCGAGCGCGACGCCUGGGUGGCCUGCGUCGAGGCGCAGAUACUGGCCUCGCUGCAGGGCCGGACGUCUCGGCAACCGGCACCUACGGGUGCUAAUUCUACGGGCGACGUGAGAGCCACCUACUACAUACGGCGGGUGAAAGGAAACGAUAAAUGCUGCGAUUGUGGGGCACAAGAUCCCGAUUGGGCGAGCUUAAAUCUGGGCGUGCUGAUAUGCAUCGAGUGUUCGGGCGUGCACAGGAACCUCGGCUCGCACAUAUCGCGGGUUCGAUCCCUGGACCUCGACGAAUGGCCGUUGGGCCACGUAAGCGUAAUGGUGUCACUGGGCAAUGCUUUAGCCAACUCAAUAUGGGAGGCGGACCUACGGGGGCAUACGAAACCGCACGCGGCUUCCACGAGGGAGGAGAAAGAAAGAUGGAUCAGGUUGAAAUACGAGCGGCGGGCGUUCUUCUGCCCCGCCGGCGUGUCCACCGAUUUGGAGUCGCUACGGGCGGCCGCCACGCGCGGCGCCAUGAGCACGCUGGCGCGCGUACUGUGGGCGCCCCCGCCCCGCGCGCCCUCCCCGCACGAGCGCGCCCUCGCCCUGCGUGCCGCCGCCGCCGCCGGACACCUGCCCGCCGCCCAGCUGCUGGUGUGGGUGAGUGUAUGUAUACACACACGCGCGGCGCCAUGAGCACGCUGGCGCGCGUACUGUGGGCGCCCCCGCCCCGCGCGCCCUCCCCGCACGAGCGUGCCCUCGCCCUGCGUGCCGCCGCCGCCGCCGGACACCUGCCCGCCGCCCAGCUGCUGGUGUGGCACAACGGCAACCCGAACUUCCCGGACGCGGACGGUCACACGUGCGUAUUCUACGCGCGAGCAGCGGCCAACCACCUAUCCGGUAUUCCCCCACAGUACCCUAAAAACUUGCAGCUAACUUGCCCCCUUCACCCCAACCCGCCCGGCUCCAACACGAACUCAUCAUCAUCAAACUCCAGCAAAAACUCCCUCAAGAACCCGGAACCGGAAUGCAACUGCAUAAUAUUCGAAUUGCUAAACGCUCAGAGCGCAGCGAACGCACUAGUCGAACUUCUCAUAGGUCUACAGAAUAAUCAGUAUAUGAACGGGUUCGAUGUUAACGGCUCUGGAUUAGGGGCGAUUGGCCACGCGACUCUCGGUAGGCCGAAUCUGUCGCUCACGAACGGAAAAUGUGGGAGUAUCGUGUAAAUCUGUAAACUAAAUAAAAGAGGUUUAAUUUGAGAUUGGGAAAAAGAUUUUCGUAAUUUUUUUUCCUUAAAACUUUUGUAGCGAAACGAAACGCUUCUCUGUCACGUUUAGGUUGCGUUAAACGAAAUGCGAAUCUCAUUGUUUUGUUGGGAUUUGAAAAACUGAAGUUCUAUGCGAUAUUUUAUUUGGAAAGUGUUUUUAAGCUUCCUAAAGAGAUAUAGAUUAUGAUCGUUUCGUAUACGCUACUUGAGGAUAAAGUGAAUCCCAUAUUAUACGUAACAUCACAUGUUAUUGUGACUGAAAAUGAGAGAUUUCGUGUUAUAUAUAGUUACCAAAUUAUACUUGACUAGAUAUACUAGAAGUAACGGUUUUAAUGACUCAAUGGCUUGUGUCGAUGAUCGAGACUCGUUUGUGAGCACUUAUUUAUAAUCGAUUUUUCUAUGUGUAAUGCCAGCACUUUACUUGGCUAUUCGUGUUUGUUAUUUGUCAACAUGACACCAGUCUGUCCUUUUCAUUCCUUAUAAAGUAUGAUAAGGACAGAUUGUUGCCAAGUUUGCAAAUAGCAAACAUGACUUGCCAAGCGAUGUGAAGGCGUAAUAUUGUUGCACUGUAUAGUUGGGAAGAUAACGAGGAACAACUUAUUUUCGUGUAAAAAAAAGUUGACGUAGAUUUUUACGUGUUUUUAAAAUUCGAAACGUGUAUGGGCCAGUUGAAAUGGAUGUUUGGAAAACUUGUCAUUAUUCGAUUAUGUCACUCGGUUACACUAAAAUUGAUAUCGAUUCUAAAUUUGACUACUGUCGUAAGUUAAAGUUAGAUAACUGUUGAUACGUUUUAUAAUCGGGAUAACAUAUUUUUUAUUACAUUCGACCGAAAUCGGAGGCGUCAAAUAACUUAAGUUGGUGCUGUCACUUUCUUUGCAAAGAAAAUAAGCCAGCACGCGACAUUAAAUUAAUUUGGCGUCUCUAAGCGCACCAUUAUGUAUGUGAAAAUGCAAAUUUGAUUCACCAAUAUAUUAAAUAGUAAAAUUUUAGUUCAAAUAUUUUGACUUUGUGUAAGUAAACUGUUCGAAGUUUCGAAGUGACAUUUUAAAAUUAGCUAAAUUUUUGUAAUAAUAAUGUCAAUUUGGAGUAGGUAAUAUUUUUUUAUUCUUCACCUACUAUAUGUAUUUUUAUGUAUGUAGUACAGAACUCUAUCAUUAAGGCGAUUCUCACACUGCCCCGCACUUCGUUGCGGGAUGCAGAUCUGCAUCAUCAUGCGGAUUUGGCUAUACAAAUAAAUUGGCUAUAAUAUUUGGCUAUAAUCUCGUGUUUCUCUGUAUAUAGUUGCGUGAUCUGCAAUACUGCGCGUGAAUGCGUUCUGAGUAUGUUUCACUACUACGCAUGUUUCAAUACAAAGAGAGAUUUACCUACAAUGCGAAGAGAUGGCGCUGCUUUGCAGCCUAAGAAAUACUAGAAAGAAUUCGACAUGGCCAUUAGGGCCGCGGUAGCAUAAUGGUCAGUGCGUCCGCCCGGAUAGCGGAGGGUGCGGGUUCGAAUCCCGUCUGCUGCCUGGUCCGCGUGGUAUCUUUUCUAGUAUUUUAGAUUUAAACAACCAGCAGUUAAAUGCUUUAAAAUUAAAAAUAUAGCAAGGAGAGGUACUUGCAAGUAACGAAAGAACAAGCAUUCAGUCGCGGUCGCAGUACGCAGCGUAGUGCGGGGCAAUAUGAGAAUCGCCUUAGACACUGGACCCGCGUAAUCAUUAAUAAUAGUUCAAAUACGUUUUUGUUGUAGUGGUAGUCUUAGAUCGAAUUGCAUUUUAGAUUUCCGAUCAUGGAACAUAAGACUAUCAUGGUGUUAUACGGAGCUAUAAGAAAAUUUAUUCUGGAUUAUAUCGUCUUAUAUAAUAUAAGACGUAUAUUCAUUUAAAAAUUCUAUAUAGGAAGAUUUUUUUUCUAGAAACAUGGUUGUAUCACAGUUGAUGAUAAAAUCGGUUAUUUUUUUAUUAAAAUAGGUCACAUCAUUGUCUUUAUAGAUUCGUAUAAUCCCUACCAUCAUUAUUAAGUAACAGUUGGUUUCCGCGUUUAUCAGAAUACGUUGAAAUAAACGUAGAUUAGUCCGUAAUCUUAAUAGGUAUAAAUGAAAUUGUAACUUUAGGUGCAAGAUCUCAGCUCAACGCUAUUUGUAGGGUAAACUAGGAUAAUUUUAGUAGUAAUUAAUUGUCGCUUUACCCUAAGCCCUUGGGUGAUUAGUUAAGAGUAGCGCUCUUUAAACUUUUAAUGUUGUUUUUUUUAUUAAUAAAUGUAGGCAGUGGCUUUUAUUCUGGGAUGAUUUUUUAACUUUAAGCUAAAUUGAACAGCAGUUUAAUCUUUAAGGAGCUUGUUAACUAAACGACUAUUACCCGGUUUCUACACGGGUCUAUACUAAUCUUGUUCACGAGCAGUUUUUGUACCGGAGUUGCUAACGAACCUGAGUAAAUCAUGCCAGAAUCGAGUCCAAUAAAUAUAUAAAAUUUUCUUUCAUCACAAUAAAAUCUCAACAACUUAUGCAAUAUUAAGUUAAGAUAAAUAUUUACUAUGUAACUUAUUCAAUAAAUCCUUGAUUCGAGUCUUGCUUAGAUGAUGAUUAAUAAGCGUUUAAUACCACUGUAUAAAGUUUCUUUGCUAGUUUUGCAAAUACACAGAACUUUAAUAAGAAGUGUACAAAGAUUUUCUCUGGCAACAAUAUUGAAAUUCGUAGAGAAACCUAACCUAGGUACUUUAACUUUCAUCUUAAUUUUAAGUGCAUUCAUACAUUCCGUUUGUGUAUAAUUUCCCACCCAAGGGCGAAAUAUAGUUGAUGUGAUAUUCCUGAGGUUUUUCCCGUAAUAAGCCAAAUGUACUGAACCCUUCUGUGCCUACUUUAGGUAGUUUCGCUUCUCUACAAGAUGAUAGGGCGGGAGAUGUGAGAUAUUGCUAUUUUAUUAAAACUCCCAAGCCUAUCAUUUGGUACUUAUCCGAUGUAAAGUGUUACUUGAUAUGCAUCUAUUAGUGUUCUUCGCUACUUAAGUGUUAAACUUAUGUGCAUUUAUUUCAAGUCUCUAAGUCGUUUCGGCUUGCUUGAUUGCGUUUGCGUAUUAAACGAUAAUUUUUGAAAACACCGAUAUUUUCACGAUUACUUUAUUAUUUAUACGAGCAAUACGAUUUUUUUUUCAUAUUUUUUUCUUUCUGGUCAAUUUAUGUAUAACAGUUUAGUAGCAUAAUUUAUCAGUUCUUUUGAAAAUUUACGGUUGCUUUUUGGGUGACUUUUUUCAAGUCGAGAGUGCUAUUAUUUAUAUUAAAGAUUAUGAUAUCGCAGCGCGCGAUAGUGAUUAAGUUUCUUACAAAAUCAAGCUAAAUAAAAAAGCUAAUUCUAAACUCUUUACUUCUAUCUAGGUUUCACGACUUGACUUCCGUUUGUUUUUUAUCAUUAUAUUAUUAUUAAAAAUGUGAAUUAAGUUGUAAAUUUUUAGCAAUAAAUGGUUUACCGACGUCAGUAUUCGUGAAAUUUGUAUAAAAUGCACAGUUUACUCGCGCGCACCGUUUCUGUACAAUUAUGCGGUUUAUGAAUAUGUAAAUGUACUAUAUUUUUUAAAAUAAUUUGAAAUGUUGAAAUUUUAUUGCUAAUUUUAAAUUCGUUACCUUCUAUUUGGUUCAUUUUUAUUUAAUUUUUAAAUAAAAUGUUUUGUGUAUAUGUUUUUUUUUUGUAAAGGCCAAAGAGCUUAUCACUGUAAAUAUUGUAUAAUGCAGCUAUAGAUUUGUAGCUGUGCUCUAAUUAGACUUUCGUUAUUGUAAUUUUUAAGAGAUUUGUUGAUGUUCUCUAUCUUGUGAAAAUAAAGUGUAAAAUAAACACGA